CAGGAAAUGCCUCUAGAAAAUAAAAAAUACAAUUGGACCAAGUCCCGUAAAGCCACUGGUUGCCCUCAUAUUAUCUUAUAGUCUCUCGACGACUUAAAAUUCACUCUGGAUCGAUUUAAUGGACAAAUAAGGGGUACCGGUGCACGCCUAGAUACCACAGGAAUGGAUAUCACAAGUCGCUGCACCCUGGGUGACCCCAACAAGCUCCCAGAGGGCGUGCCCCAGCCUGCCAGGAUGCCCUACAUUUCAGACAAGCACCCUCGGCAGACCCUGGAGGUAAUCAACCUCCUCCGCAAGCACCGGGAGCUGUGCGAUGUGGUUUUGGUGGUGGGAGCCAAGAAGAUUUAUGCCCACCGAGUGAUCCUGUCUGCCUGCAGCCCCUAUUUCAGAGCCAUGUUCACAGGGGAACUGGCCGAAAGCAGGCAGACGGAAGUCGUCAUCCGGGAUAUCGAUGAGCGCGCCAUGGAGUUGCUCAUUGACUUUGCAUACACAUCACAAGUGACUGUGGAGGAGGGCAAUGUGCAGACUUUGCUGCCCGCUGCUUGCCUGUUGCAGCUGGCAGAGAUUCAGGAGGCCUGUUGUGAAUUCCUCAAGCGGCAGCUGGACCCCUCCAACUGUCUGGGCAUCAGGGCCUUCGCCGACACUCACUCCUGCAGAGAGCUGCUGCGCAUAGCUGAUAAGUUCACUCAGCACAACUUUCAGGAGGUGAUGGAGAGCGAAGAGUUCAUGCUGCUGCCAGCCAACCAGCUGAUCGACAUCAUCUCCAGUGAUGAGCUCAAUGUUCGGAGUGAAGAGCAGGUGUUUAAUGCUGUAAUGGCCUGGGUUAAAUACAGCAUCCAGGAACGCAGGCCUCAGCUGCCACAGGUUUUGCAGCAUGUGCGUCUUCCCCUUUUGAGCCCAAAGUUCUUAGUUGGGACGGUGGGCUCAGAUCCUUUGAUCAAGAGUGAUGAGGAGUGCAGGGACUUGGUGGAUGAAGCAAAGAACUAUCUCCUGCUACCCCAAGAGCGGCCUCUCAUGCAAGGACCUCGAACACGUCCCAGAAAACCCAUUCGUUGUGGAGAGGUGCUAUUCGCUGUGGGAGGUUGGUGUAGUGGCGAUGCCAUCUCCAGUGUUGAGCGUUAUGACCCACAGACUAAUGAGUGGAGGAUGGUGGCGUCCAUGAGCAAACGGCGGUGUGGAGUUGGCGUUAGUGUUCUGGAUGAUCUGUUGUAUGCUGUUGGUGGGCAUGAUGGCUCGUCUUAUCUUAAUAGUGUGGAGAGGUAUGAUCCUAAGACGAACCAGUGGAGCAGUGACGUUGCUCCUACUAGCACCUGCCGGACCAGUGUGGGUGUUGCUGUACUAGGGGGUUACCUGUAUGCGGUGGGAGGUCAGGAUGGUGUCUCCUGUCUCAACAUUGUAGAAAGGUAUGAUCCAAAAGAGAAUAAGUGGACUCGAGUAGCCUCUAUGAGCACUAGACGGUUGGGUGUGGCUGUAGCUGUAUUAGGUGGUUUUCUUUAUGCAGUAGGGGGUUCAGAUGGCACCUCCCCUCUAAAUACAGUAGAACGGUAUAACCCUCAAGAGAAUCGCUGGCAUACGGUGGCACCCAUGGGUACCCGACGGAAACAUCUGGGCUGUGCUGUGUACCAGGACAUGAUCUACUCUGUGGGCGGCAGAGAUGAUACUACAGAACUGAGUAGCGCAGAACGAUAUAAUCCCAGAACCAAUCAGUGGUCCCCGGUGGUUGCGAUGACAUCCAGAAGAAGCGGGGUUGGUUUAGCUGUAGUAAAUGGCCAGUUGAUGGCAGUAGGAGGAUUUGAUGGUACUACAUAUCUGAAAACUAUAGAAGUCUAUGAUCCUGAUGCCAACACAUGGAGGCUGUAUGGUGGAAUGAACUAUAGGCGAUUGGGAGGUGGAGUCGGCGUAAUAAAAAUGACUCACUGUGAAUCGCAUAUAUGGUAACACCCUCAGCAUCCCUCCCACAGAUGCCUCACCAUAGCUUGUGCCUCAUAAAGACAUUGUGCAUCAUGCAAGAGAAAAGCCUGUUUUAAGACUGAAUUCUGUCUCUAGUUACUGAGAUGGCAAAGCCAAGGAAUACCAUCUCCUGUAGCUGCUUUGAGGAGACUCCCCUGUACAGACAGACAUUGCCACUCCAUUUUUUUUAUUUAGAUGUAUUUCAUACUUGAGCAUAGCCAAAGGCAACUUGUUAUUGGACAGAGAAACACUAGUCGGGAAAAGCAUCAACCCUCACCACAAAUGUUUUUAUUUGUCUUACAAUGCCACAUGUAGGCUUUCCUAGCAUUUGUUUUUCUGGAAAGAACUAGGCCUCUGCUGGUCUGUUUGACAGUAUUGAUGAAUGACUACAUUUCUUUUUCUUUAAAGUGAUCACCCCAUAAUUAAAAUUCUGUCAUAUGUUGUCCCAAAUCUGAGUUUUAUGGAACACAAAAAGAGAUGUUAGCCUCACCAUUCACAGUCAUUGUAUUGAAAAGGGUGUAAUAACAAGUGAAUGUUGACUGAGGCUAACAUUCUUUAAUAUAUCUUUUUGUGUUCCACAGAAGUCACAGGUUAGGAACAUGGUGAGGAAAUAAUGACGGAAUGCUCAUUGUUGGAUGAACUAUUCCUUUAAUUUAUUGAUUUUACACUAAUUAUCUGUUCCUCUGCAUUCUUACCAGAUGUAAGCGGAUUAGUUGAUCCAAUAUUUUUUUUUUCUUUCCUUGAUGUACUGAAAAUGCAUUUCCCUUUGCAAUGUAAUGAAGGCUGUGUUGAAGUAAAAAAGUCAUUUUUUGAAGCAGUCCAAAACAGGUUUGAUGUAUUAUCAGUUUGUUUACUUUUCUAUAACAGAAUGCAUCAAUUAAUCAAGUCCAUGCACUUUAAACCACUUAAGAGUUUUUCUAUUAAAGUUUGUAAUUUUUUUUCUAGAAUAAAUUGUUUGAUAUAUUGUAUUAUUCAUUCAUUUUUAUUAUCAUUGAAAAGUCAUGGUAAGAAAAAAUAUAAGUUAAUUGUUUUUCUUUUGACAUUCAAGAAAAAAAAAUGGUAUCAAGUAGUGGCCUGCACGUAUGGUCAGAAACUAAAUGUUGUUGCUGAAAAUGACAUGAAACUGCCCUAAUUGUCAAUCGAACUCCAUUAUUUUCUCACAGAACAGUUGUAUGCUGUAAUCUAGGUGUUAAAUAUGGUUACAUAUCUUUCAAGUUCUUAUUUAAUUUUAAAGAUGUUCACCAACUGUCUGUACAUUUC